AUUUAUAUUCUAUAGUCCUAUAUAUAUAGAACACCUUGCCAUUGUCAGAUAUUUUAUAAGUACACAUUAUAAGAAAACUCUUUGAACUCUACAAAACCAAAAAGAAAAAAAGAAAAUCAUGACUAACGAAGCUGAAUCAUCUGAUUUGAAAGGGACUAAGAGGGAUUUUAGUACAGCGAUUCUUGAGAGAAAGAAGUCACCUAAUCGACUUGUUGUUGAUGAAGCAAUCAAUGAUGAUAACUCUGUUGUUUCUCUUCACCCUGAUACUAUGGAAAAGCUUCAGCUUUUCCGUGGUGACACAAUCUUGAUAAAGGGAAAGAAACGAAAAGAUACAAUCUGCAUUGCUCUUGCUGAUGACACCUGCGAGGAGCCAAAGAUUAGGAUGAACAAGGUUGUUAGAAAUAACCUUAGAGUUCGUCUUGGUGAUGUUGUGUCUGUGCAUCAAUGUCCUGAUGUCAAGUACGGGAAACGUGUGCACAUUCUUCCCAUUGAUGACACCAUUGAAGGGGUUACUGGAAAUCUAUUUGACGCUUACUUGAAACCCUAUUUCCUUGAAGCAUAUCGACCAGUGAGAAAGGGCGAUUUAUUUAUUGUAAGAGGAGGAAUGAGAAGUGUAGAGUUCAAGGUUAUCGAGACUGAUCCUCCUGAAUAUUGUGUUGUUGCCCCAGAUACCGAGAUAUUUUGCGAGGGUGAACCUGUGAACAGAGAAGAUGAGAAUCGGCUAGAUGAGGUUGGUUAUGAUGAUGUUGGUGGCGUUCGUAAACAAAUGGCUCAGAUCCGCGAGCUUGUUGAGCUUCCGUUGAGGCAUCCACAACUCUUCAAAUCUAUUGGUGUGAAACCUCCCAAAGGAAUUCUUCUGUAUGGACCUCCUGGAUCGGGUAAAACAUUGAUAGCUCGAGCAGUUGCUAAUGAGACUGGCGCGUUCUUCUUUUGCAUUAAUGGGCCAGAGAUCAUGUCCAAAUUGGCUGGAGAAAGUGAAAGCAAUCUCAGGAAAGCAUUCGAGGAAGCCGAGAAGAAUGCACCUUCGAUCAUCUUUAUUGAUGAAAUUGACUCAAUAGCUCCUAAACGUGAGAAGACACAUGGAGAGGUUGAGAGGAGGAUUGUUUCUCAGCUUUUGACUCUCAUGGAUGGUCUCAAAUCACGUGCUCACGUAAUUGUCAUGGGUGCCACUAAUCGCCCUAAUAGUAUUGACCCCGCCCUAAGAAGGUUUGGCAGAUUUGAUAGGGAAAUAGAUAUCGGUGUGCCUGAUGAAGUCGGGCGCCUUGAGGUGCUUCGUAUCCAUACAAAGAACAUGAAGCUCGCCGAAGAUGUAGAUUUGGAAAGAAUUGCUAGAGACACACAUGGUCAUGUUGGUGCGGAUUUGGCAGCUUUGUGUACCGAGGCUGCACUUCAGUGCAUCAGAGAGAAGAUGGACGUGAUUGACUUGGAAGAUGAAUCUAUCGAUGCCGAGAUAUUGAACUCCAUGGCCGUGACUAAUGAGCACUUCUCAACUGCCCUUGGGACAAGCAAUCCAUCUGCCUUGCGUGAAACUGUUGUUGAAGUUCCUAAUGUCUCCUGGGAGGACAUUGGAGGCCUUGAGACUGUCAAGCGUGAGCUCCAAGAGACUGUUCAAUAUCCAGUGGAACAUCCUGAGAAGUUCGAGAAGUUUGGUAUGUCUCCCUCAAAGGGUGUUCUCUUCUAUGGGCCACCUGGAUGUGGGAAAACUUUACUGGCGAAGGCUAUUGCUAAUGAAUGUCAGGCCAACUUUAUUAGUGUCAAGGGUCCAGAAUUGCUUACUAUGUGGUUCGGAGAGAGUGAAGCCAACGUUAGAGAAAUAUUCGACAAGGCUCGAGGGUCUGCUCCAUGUGUCCUGUUUUUUGACGAGUUGGACUCGAUUGCUACUCAGAGAGGAGGUAGCAGUGGAGAUGCCGGAGGAGCGGCUGAUAGAGUUUUGAAUCAACUCCUCACUGAAAUGGAUGGGAUGAAUGCCAAGAAAACUGUUUUCAUUAUUGGUGCCACCAACAGGCCCGACAUUAUUGAUCCUGCACUUCUGAGGCCCGGUCGUCUUGACCAAUUGAUCUACAUUCCUCUACCUGACGAGGACUCUCGCCAUCAAAUUUUCAAGGCAUGCCUGCGGAAAUCACCCCUUUCUAAGGAUAUAGAUCUCAGAGCUCUUGCAAAAUAUACGCAAGGGUUCAGCGGAGCUGACAUUACGGAGAUCUGCCAACGUGCAUGCAAAUAUGCUAUCCGAGAGAACAUUGAGAAAGAUAUUGAGAGGGAGAGGAGGAGAAGAGAUAAUCCGGAAGCCAUGGAGGAAGACGUUGAUGAUGAGGUAUCUGAGAUCAAGCCUGCUCACUUUGAGGAAUCAAUGAAAUAUGCUAGGAGAAGUGUCAGCGAUGCUGAUAUCCGCAAGUACCAAGCUUUUGCUCAAACGUUGCAGCAGUCCCGAGGUUUUGGUUCUGAGUUCCGGUUCGCAGAGGCUGGCACGGGUCACACCACCGGAACUGCUGAUCCGUUUGCAACUUCUGCUGGUGCUGCAGAUGAAGAUGACCUAUAUAGCUAGAUUAUCAAAACUUAUUUUCAUUAUCUUAUUAGUAAUUAUUCUGAAGAAACUUUGGAGUUGGCAAAUUCGGUAUUUCCAUUCAUUGCCCAGAGUUUGUAAUAUUAUUUUGAUCUUUCUCAGCUUUACACAAAAAAUAUUGUAGCUAUUAUUUUGUGUAUUUAAAAGCACUAGAUCUUAUUGAGAAAGAGAGUUCCCUUCUGACUGAA